AGUAACUUACUCUGUCUUGUUUUAACUCGGAGUUUGGCUUCUAAAUUAUCGCCGGCCACGCCCGAGAGCUUUCGUGAAGCCACGAACAAGUACUGUCAAGCUGCCUCUCUUGCUUGCUCUCUUACUUUUCCUUCUUGCUUCUGUUGACAUGAGUUUAUUGAACGCGUUGUGGGCAUCAUUAACGGGGCAGCAGCAGUCAGGCCUCGGGCGCAGGGAGAGGAACACGAUCGAGCUCAUUGCAAAGCGAUUCAACAAAGAUGCGGAUUGGCAGAUUGGCGUUGUGAGCGCACUGUGCGCAGAGCCACGGGGAACGCGCGACUACAUCUUUGGCACCGUGUCGAACGCCACGCGGCAGCUGGAGCUUCUGAAUGCCGUUCUACGGAAGCAUAGCCCAGCGGCCCCGGCGAGCACAGCAGGCGCCGGUGGCGAUACAAGCGGCGCUUCACGCACGGCGCAUCAGGCCAACCAGCAGGGAGCUGCAGCGGGUGGCCCCGGGCUCGGUGGCGCCGCGGGGAGGAACGAGCUGGCAAGCGCUGAGCCGAUGCGCGAAGUCAUACGUGCGGCAGUUCGCGAGACGUGGCAAGAGCUUGCGGCGCGGCAGCGGCUGGCACGCAAGCGCAAGUCCUUUUGCGAAGCUAGCAGCCGGGACGUGGACGUGCUCGUGCACGGCGCCCAGCUGGUGGAGGUCCGCGGCGAGGCAUUGGCGCCGCAGGACGUUCAGGUACCGGCUGGCACGCCCGAGUGCGACAGCUUCGUGUGGGAGCAGGGCGGCGGCGAGAAUGCCAUGACACCAGCGCUCCUGCAGUACCACCAGACGCAGUUAGAGAAGUUUGGGGUUAGUUUCGACAAGCCUGGCGGCUUCAAGAUGAACGACACACACAAUAAGGGCGAGCUCAUCCCGUUCAAAUGUGGCGAGCAGUCCUUCUCCGGCGGCUUUGACGGCUGUGUCGCCCCGUACGGCUUGGAUCCGGAGUCCAUCGUGUACCAAAGCAGAAUCAUCUAUGAGCACAAGCGUUGGGAGAUAACGGCCACCGACAAAGACCAAGCAAUUGUGCAGCUGCUGGGAGCGUACGCCUACAACUCCUGCCCCGUGCUUUUGGAUCUUACCAACGGCCAGACGCACAACAUCUACACGAUUCGCGGCACGUGCAUUUAUCUCUGGAAGGACCUGAAGCCCACGCAGGCCUACUUCCUUCAGGCGCGGCACCUGCAGGCAGCAGACCACCUCCGUGCAGCCCUCGACUUGCAGCUGGGCCAGAUCCCGGAGGAGGAGCAGCGGACCAUGCGCCACGUGCGACAGGCCCUGGCCCCCGCCAUGAUUGGCGGUGCCGCCGCACCGCAGUAGCAACUGCACUCGUUGCUGCCGCCGUUCAUGGCUCCAGGGGAGCACGAGCCGGUGUCUCAGGAGCUGGUCUGCUAGGGACGGCGGACUUCACUUAGCCGCCCGAGGAGCAGAUUCAGAUCCCCAUCCACCCUGUCCCUCACGCCUGUCCCUGCCCGCGACCCCAUCCUUCUACAUGUAGGCAUGGUGCUUACACAGCACGAUGGCCAGCACGGUGGCCGGCUGCUGUUGACAGUACGGUGCUCACACCCCAACGCCAACCCUCACCAGGCCGCGGGUCCGCUUGGGCACCAGGGCCCUCACAACACCGUGAUGAAGCGGAGUAAUGCACUGCUGGCAACCCAGCGGCUUCCUGUGUGCUGCCUGCCUUAUGGGCGCCCCUGCUUUGCGGCCCGCCGGGUGCUUGGCGGUCAUUCGGUGCUUGUCUGGUCGGCUGCUCAGCUGUCAGGUGGUCGCUUGUGCUGGCGUGCUGCUACCCUAUGGGCGGGGGCGCUGUCCCUCAGACACGUGUCAGACAGAUAAGCCGCUGCCCAAUGACAUGUGUGCGUGUGGUGAUUUUGUUUGGCUGGGCUCGCUGUCGGCGCAAGUGGAUUGUAGCAAGCGGGCAUUCGGACAUCAUUCGGUAUCCACUUGGUAGAUGUUGCUAGCAGCACCAGAACUGUGUACAAGAUGCUUGGGCGUUCUGUGCAGUUUGGGGGUUUGGUGUUCCUGGUAGGUGGCUUUUAUUACACACGUGCAGGGACAGGCGCCUGGGCGCCGAAGAUGAAUACGGCGACAGUUGUGUCAACUGCCAAGGCUUGAGCGCGUGUUAAUGUGCGUGGCUUUCGCGCCUCUCCACAUGACUCGCUGGGAAUGCGUGCAUGGAAGUGGUCUGGAGUCGGCUGCUGCACUUGAAAGCGAGAGGACAGAACCGCAGGGGUACAGCGAAAGCUUCUUAUGGCAGUAAGCUUACACAAGGCUGCAACAAUGGCCACAGCAAGCGGCGUGAAUGUCCAACCAGGGUCAAGGAUGGCGCUACUACAGACGUGUUUUGUUUUCCACCCAAGGUCUUCGGGCAUCAGGGCCCAGUAGUUGCGGCGUGCAUGUGCGUAGCGGAGGGGGCGAGCAAGGCCACGUGGAGCAGUAGAGCGCGGCGCCGCCCAAGAAGCGGCGCCGGCGCGCAGGUUGAGGCCGGCCGGUGCCUGCUUAGGGUCUUUGCUGGCGAGCAUAGCA